GUGAUAAAAAAGUGAAACUGAGAAAGAGAGAGAGAGAGAGAGAGAGAGAUAGUCUGUACAGUUAGAUUAGAUUGCCAUCCAUGAUUGGAGGAGUAGUUCAUUCGGUGAACUAGAAUUUGGUAUCUUUUUCACCUUAUCAUGACACUCGUCACUCAUACUCCAACAUCAAAGGUUCUCUCUAGAGUGCACUGAAAAGGACUGAAAUGUAGUAUGGAUACAGUUCAAGAGCUUGGGACCUUAAGCAUUUGUAGUUCAGCUGGAGAUACUUCAUAUAUGUAUUCUCCAAAAUUGUAGACUCCUGUACUUUCAUGUGCUUGGUCUUUGGAUUUCUUUGUAGAAGACCAACAUUUUGUCAUCAGAGAAUAAUACUUUUCUGGAAUUUGCUAUUUAGUGUUUCACUACAGUGUCUGCAAGGAGCUCCCCCUUUUGUAUUUGAUUGUUAUUUUGAUGCUAUAAUUGAUCUUCCUUUUCCAACAUUCACAACUUGAAUGUGAUGGAUAAGGAAAAGUCACCUUUAAGUCAUGACAAACAUAUCAUGGUUUGUUCACCUAUUGAGGAUGAACAAAGUAGGAUUAAUUCUAGAUUGCACCAGAGUGUAGACAAGGAGGUAGGAGCAGCUGCUUGUCGGGUAUGCCAAUGUACUGAGGCUGAGAAAAGGGGAAAUGCUGCUUUGGGAUUCCUGGGCAUUGUUCCGCCAUCAAGUGAGGCACCUAAUGGAAGCCAGGAGGUCAUGAUUAGUGGUGAAAUUAUCUCUAAAGAUGUUGGAAAAGAUUCAUAUGCUACAACCAAAAGGAAAAGAUCUGGAUAUGUUGAAUUUGUUAGUCCAAAUGGGGAGGUUUUUGUUUGUAGUAUGGAUGUGGAAAUGGGGUAUGAUCAGAAUGAAGACAGACUAUUGGAGCUUGGAUGUGCUUGCAAGAAUGAUCUUGCUCUUGUUCACUAUGCAUGUGCCCUGAAGUGGUUUGUCAACCAUGGAUCAACUGUCUGUGAGAUUUGUGGAUGUGUUGCAAAGAACAUUAAAGCUUCAGAUGUAAAGAAAGUUAUUAAUGCUUUGAAGGAGAAUGAAGCAUUGAGGGAAAGGACGGCUAAUGGAGAACCUAUUCCUGCACAACUACAGUGGAAUUCAGGGGUGGAUCCUGAUGCUGUUGCUGCUAUUCGAAGGCAAAGGCUAAGUGAAAUCUCACUGUGGUUUGGUCCUAAUAUUAAUAACACUACUACUGCUUCACAAGUUGUCAAUGAGCAGCCUUCAGCUCCAAAUAUUGUGAUGGAAGAGCGUGUAGCUGGUGAAAAUACUGCAGCCAAAUGGGCUGUGGAAGGUAUUGGUAUCCUUCUAGCUACAGGGUUACUCACUGUUACACUGGCAUGGCUCAUUGCUCCUUGGGUUGGAAAGAAAACUGCAAAAAAUGGUCUACAUAUUCUUCUUGGAGGCGUCUGUGCUUUAACAGUUGUAAUCUUCUUUCGUUUUUUUGUGUUGACAAGAAUCAAGUAUGGACCAGCACGAUAUUGGGCCAUCUUGUUUGUUUUCUGGUUUCUUGUAUUUGGCAUAUGGGCUUCAAGAACACAUGGUUCUCAUGCAACAUGACUUGCAUUUAUUGAGUUACUGCAUUAUCAUUAGCUUUUUCUUUUGUCAAUAUAGGAUUUUCUGGGGGCAGAGUGAACAGUGCAUUGGAUAUUGUUGAAUGAAUCUGUCACAAGUUGUGUUUGGUUCUGUCAUGGAAACAACUGAAACCAGCUGAAGAUGGUUUCAAGAUGUCAAAAAAUUCCUCUUUUAUGUCUUAAAUGGUGUUCAUGAGCUGUGUUAAAGUAGACCAUAUCUUUUUUUUGUC